AUGGCGUCUGAGCGUUAUAGUUUCUCUCUCACAACUUUUAGCCCUUCAGGGAAGUUAGUUCAAAUUGAAUAUGCGUUAGCUGCCGUUGCCGCCGGCGGCACCUCCGUCGGAAUUAAAGCAUCCAAUGGCGUCGUGAUUGCAACUGAGAAUAAGCACAAAAGCAUCCUAUACGAUGAGCACAGUGUCAACAAAGUUGAAAUGAUCACUGGACAUAUUGGUAUGGUAUACUCUGGCAUGGGUCCAGAUUACCGUCUGCUCGUCACACAAGCUCGUAAAAUGGCCCAGCAGUAUUACUUAAUGUACCAUGAGCCCAUACCAACUGCUCAACUCGUCCAGAGAGUUGCUACAGUAAUGCAGGAGUAUACUCAAUCUGGUGGAGUCCGUCCGUUUGGUGUAUCCCUCCUGAUCUGUGGCUGGGAGUCGGACAGACCAUACCUGUUCCAGUGUGAUCCUUCCGGAGCCUACUUUGCGUGGAAAGCUACUGCUAUGGGCAAGAACUUCAAUAAUGGCAAGACCUUUUUGGAGAAGAGGUACACAGAAGAAUUAGAACUAGAUGAUGCAGUUCACACAGCGAUUCUCACUCUGAAGGAAGGCUUCGAGGGUCAGAUGACAGCGGACAAUAUAGAAGUGGGCAUCUGCGAUGCUAGUGGGUUCCGCAGGCUGGAGCCGGCGCACGUCAAAGACUAUUUGGCCAAUAUUCCCUAA